CCUGGCAGGAGGACAGCGCUGCUGCUGGGUUGAGGAAAUUGAUGACGGGGAAGCAAGCAUGAGGGCAACCCAGUGUAUAAAACUCAUAAACGUGUAGGCAGAGGCUCAGCUACCACUUUGGACGGCUUCUUCCCGCCAGCAAAGACCCCGCCGCGGGAAGCGGAGCCCGAGCCGCCGCGGGAAACAUGAAGAACCUCCUGCUGUUGGCCACGCUCCUGGUCCGCGCGCACCUGGCGGCGGCCUGGAGCACCAAGUACGCGGUCGACUGCCCCGAGCGUUGUGACACUCACGAGUGCAAAAGCAGCCUGCGCUGUAAGAGGACGGUGCUGGACGACUGUGGCUGCUGCCGAGUGUGCGCCGCUGGCCCGGGAGAAACUUGCUACCGCACGGUCUCAGGCAUGGAUGGCGUGAAGUGUGGCCCCGGGCUGAGGUGUCAGUUUUACAGUGAGGAGGAUGAUUUUGGUGACGAGUUUGGUAUCUGCAAAGACUGCCCGUAUGGCACCUUUGGGAUGGAAUGCAAACAGACCUGCAGCUGUCAGUCGGGCAUAUGUGACAGGGUGACCGGCAAAUGUCUGAAGUUUCCCUUCUUCCAAUAUUCAGUAGCCAAGGCUGCCAACCAGAGAUUUGUUUCUCACACAGAGCACGACAUGGCGUCUGGAGAUGGCAAUGCAGUGAGAGAAGAACUCGUGAAGGAGAAUGCUGCCCGGUCUCCUGUAAUGAAGUGGUUAAAUCCACGCUGAUCCUGGGUGGGAUUUCCAAGAGAAGACUCUAUUUUAAUGAUCAUUCAACACACAGCCAACACUUUAGGAAUUGUCUGUAUUAUAGCAUAUGGACAUGUCACUUUUGGAGACUAAAUGUGAUUCAGGGUGGGUCCAGAAAAAAACUGUAGGCUACUAACAAUCCAUAAAAUUCAUAUGACUGGAGACUUUUAGAUAUUUGUUAAAUAUUUGAAUGCAUAUAGAUUUGUUUAAUAUGUGUUUAUAGUAAUAGUGAAGAACUAAAAAUGCAACUUAGAUAAUCUUAACCUGGAGGGAGAUCAGCCAGAGAGAAGGCUAGCCGAACCUGAAGACCACAGCACGUCCACGGUUCUUGACUCGAUGUACAUUAAUGUUGGGAUAUGGGCGGAGGAAGAGUUAGCAGCAAGAGAAGGUGGCGUUGGGGGUGGGAGAGUAUGACAUUUAGAUAUUCCUUGUGGUAGCCUCAGUAGAAUUUAAUUGUGCUUUUUUUUCACUUUGGGAAAAGUGAAAACAAAACAGUCCCUGAAGGAAGUGGGAUGUUUGAAGCUUGCGGGAGUUUGAGUAGUAGCCUUGAAUUGAGGCAGGUUUCAAAGGGCUGCUAAUGUAGUUCCCAGGUUACCGCAUCUGAAGGAUGGUUCUGGGGCACAGGGCAAACACACACUUCCAUAAAUGGUUUUACAGAAUGCCACCUCAGAUUGAGAGAGCAAGGAAGUAUUUUGCACACUUGGGGGAAGUGUGAAGGUAAAUAUUUAUAUAUUUUUGUAAACAGUUGUUAGUACAAAUCAUCCUCCAUACCCAUAUUUAUCACCCUCUUGAGAAAAUAAACAUAAUAUUGUUGUUUAAAAUGGUUAGAAUAAAAGUAUAACUCUAUAAGGUUUUCAAACACC